GAGUGUUGCUCGUUUUGGAACAAAUUAAGCUGUAUUGAAAUCGCUCGAAUAAGCAGAGACAGAAUGCUCGUUAAGUGAGAUACUGCUGUAUAGAUGUACAAAUUGCACAAGAACAUACAUUCCUGCCAAUUUUUUGACACAAAAUGCACGCCUGGGGCAAAACAGCAAAAGGCCAAAAACAACAUCAAGAGUCCAAGACAACACCAUGACAAGUACAAGAGUUAUACACCAAAUCAACAACAGUCCCAGACAACUCCAAGACAACAGCAACAACAGUCCCUCACCAAGACAACAACAACAAUCUCAGAUCUCUCCCGGAUAUGUACAACAACAGUCUCAGAACACACCAAGAUAAUCACAUCCCUCAUUGAAUUUUACAUCUACAUUAAAAUAUUGCUACACGGUGGGUAAGGAUCGAUGUUACACAACAUAUUUAUAAAUGUGGCUGGUGUAUCUGGCACUACUAAUUUUCUGCUUCAGAAUAUAUUUUUAAUGGAAGGUUUACGAUGUUUGGCGCGGAAACAAGGUUCCAUAAUGUUGGAAGAACCUUUUUUGAUAAUACACCACUCAUUGAUUCACUCCACCUCGUCAUCAUGAAAAAGAAAGAGAGGUUCAAGUUUGAAAAAUAUAUAUGUAUGAUAGAUUAAAAAUUCAUAAUUUCUGUAAAUAUGCCAAACUAUUUACAUAAACUAUUCUGACGUGAGUGAUGCGAAGCGAUGUAUAAUUUAGGCUGUGGCUGGAUCACGUGGCCUGUGCAACAGUAGUAUAAAUGACAGUGUUCUGGUGAUAGAAAAGCAUGCUCUGGGAAGAGAACCUUAAGGAAGAGAGGAGAAAAUGCCUUAUGCAUUGGCCUUACACACCUGUGGAGGACAAGGAGGAACAGCCUUCAGUUUUGAUGGGUGGAGAAAUGGAGCAACGCUGGAAAAAAUCUGGGUGUGGGUUGGAGGGUGGCAGAUCAAGUGCGUGAAGGCCUGGCUGACGGACGGAAGGACUGCACAGUACGGCAGUCCCUCGGGAUCUCACAAAGAGUUUGUGUUCCAGCCCGGGGAGCUGUUUUCGUCCCUCUCACUGUGGGGGAAUGGGGCUGGCUCACGCCUGGGCGCCUUCAAGUUCAGGACAACCAAAGGCAGGGAAUUCUUCGUGAAGAUGACAGACUGGGGCCUAAAGACCGAGUACCCAGUCGACGUCCGCUCUGGAAUCUGCCUUGGAAUUCAGGGCAAAGGCGGUUCAGACAUCGACAGCAUGGGCUUCCUCUUCAUCAAUUCGGUUAAAAGUUCAGAAUUGAUCAACGUGACAUACCCUACACUGCACAGGGAGCUUCCAAAAGUCCAGAUGGAAGAGAUCAAAUCACUCAGUUACAAGAAUACUGGUUCUGUCCCCCAAACCUAUAAAAUUGAAACCUCCAAGACCGUGACCAAAACCUCCUCCUGGUCGAUCACAAACAAGCUGGAGGCAACCGUGAGCAUCAGCGUCUCAGCCGGCGUUCCGGAUGUCGUGGAGGUUGAAUAUGGCUUUAGUUUUACCGUUAGCACCGAGAGUACGCACGCCGUGGAGAAUUCAGAAUCGAAAACCGAGCUCCUCUCAUUCGACGUCACGGUUCCUCCACGCAAGACCACUGCGAUCGACAUCAAUAUCGGUCGCGCGGAAAUCGACCUCCCGUACAAGGGUACGGUGCGCAUGUCCUUAUUGAACGGCGCCACCUACGACAUCCCAAUGGAGGGUGUCUACAAGGGCCUCGCCUACACCAAGGCGACUGUAGUAACAAACGAAAAGUGAAACGGCAUCGGAAAAGCACGCACGUGCUGCGCUUUACUAGCUGCAUGCUGCAUUCAACGCUGCCUAUCUUUAUUUAAUAGUUUAUUGAACCCUGCGGUAUAAAAUAUGAUGCAAUACAUAUGCCAUUUGGGAGAGUUCAGUUGGUGCAAUUAAGGAACCUUUGAAUCGGUGAAAAAAUAAUUAACACGGAGAUGCAGUUAUUUCAACGAAUUUUUCUCGCACAUACCGUACAUAAUUGAGUCUGUUCGCUCAGAAAUCACAAUGGAAUGAUCAUAAUCUGUCUUUAUCCCGGAGGAAUCCGACGAUAAAUUAAUCUCUUUUUUACAAAUGUCCAGUAGGGGCGAGACAGCAAGUUACAACAA